CAAAAUUUUAUUUUAAAUUUUCUGGACAAUUGCAAUCUAAAACAUUUGGGUUUUAAUAAAAGCUGAAAUUUUCGAACUAUAUAUCUUUAAGAAGUUUUUGCAAUUCAAGUCUAAUGUGGCGUUUUCGGCGACGUAAUUAUGCUAGAGCAAAACGGUUGAUCCACAGAUAUACCGAAGAUAAUAUAAAUGAAUGUAAAAAGUUAGUUGUACGAUACCUACCACCCAUGAUGACUGAAACUGAGUUUAGAGAUCACAUAACUCCAUUCCCAGAACAUGAAUACUUUUAUUUUUGCGAACCCGAUUGGUCAUUGGGUCCCGAAGCAACAUCACGUGUGCAUAUCACAUUUAAAAAUUCAAAUGAUAUUGACACAUUUAUUUCUCGUUUCCAUGGACAUGUUUUCGUUGAUUCAAAAGGAACCGAAUAUAAAGCAUUAGUGGAAAGGUCACCUUUUCAAGGGAAUGUCGAAAGUAAAUUCAUUGGUAAAGAUAGUUGGGUAAAUACAAUUGACAAUGAGCCGCACUACCAAGACUUCAUUGCUAGAUUAAAAACAGAAGAGGAACAGAUAAAGCACCAAUCUCAUAACAAAAUAGAGUUUAAUUUUGAACGUAAAAAGAUGAAUAGAUUUCAAAGUACUCCAUUGCUGGAAUAUUUGGCAGAAAUAGAACGAAGUCGACGUGAGUAUCAGAAGAAAUGGCUUGAAGAUAAACGAUUACUACGCGAGGAAGAAAUAAAAUAUUAUAUACAAUUGAGAUUAGCCAACAUUUUUGGCGGUUAUCAGCAACUACAAUUUCUUCAAGAAAUAGAAACAGCUAUUGAGCAAAAUGCUGUUGAAGUUCAACAAAUAAUUGAAAGUCACUUUAGAGAAAACUUUCCAGUGGAUCAGUCGAAGCAACGCUUUGUAGACGCUUUGCGUCAUCAAAAUUCUUCCUCGAGGCGAAAGCGUAAGAAGAGAAAAAAUGAAAUUAAAUUCAGAAUCAUCCUAAAAAAAACUGAAAGUGCUAAAAAAGAGGAACCUAUUACAAAGCAAUCCGAAAAUAGUGAACAAUUGCAAAACACUAAAGUGGAUACAGCACUUCAAGUCCAUGCAGACAACACCAAGAAUACUGCACGUGCCAAUGCCAAUGCAGAUGCCAAAAUUGCAGAACUUAAACCUGUGGCGACGACAGAUGUAGUAGCAAGAAAGACUUGUGGUCCCGAAACUGGUGCAAUCCCAAAACAAAAGACACAACAAAGUAACUCGGCUGGAGAACGUCGUAUAUGCAAAAAAGGCCGUUUUUAUAAGGAAAAGUGUAAUCGUCAAAUUCUGACACGUGAAACUGAUGACGUAAAAGAAAGCACCUUGGAUGUUGUACCAGCAAAAAAAGAAGGACAACCUUUUAGAAAAGUUAAACGUUACUCAGGACAUCGUUAUUGAAUAUGAAAUUUAUAAAUUAGUUAAAAGUAUUUAAGUGAUGUACCAAAGUGUAACUUUAAGUCACAUUAAUAACCAUA